AAGUUACUGCUUCGUACGGCAAGUCCUGACCGGACACAAGGCCCAUCUUAUCAGUAAUAUGGCGUGGAGACUGCGGCAUUUCCAGAUUGAAAGGUAUUUGGGUGGUUCCUUGUCCUAAGGGCAAUAGCUGUUGUUGAUUUGGCUGAUACCGCUCAGAAGCAGGCAGCAGUUGCUUCGGAAGUGGAAAUGGGUGCGCUUGAACAUGGGCGAGGUAAAUGGAAGGUGAUAGAAAUGCUAGGGCCAGAACGGAAAGUGCAAAGAGUGACAAAUACACGGGCUGACGCUGUCGAGACAUGUGGUUCCGGGCAGUGUGUUCAGAGAGUUGUGUGAAAUGGCAGGAGAGCGCUGCUUUGAAUGAUGGUGAGCAGUUAGAUGGUGAUGGCAGUGAUGGCGGUUGUUUCGAAAGGAGCUUGUUGAGCACAGCAGGGGACCAAGGCAUCCAGGUUGAUGCACGUGACAGUCUUCUGCCAUUCGCCCCCAGCUUGCGUCAGAAUCAUAAUCAACUCACAUGGACAACGGACAUGGAUCGCGAUCCUGAUCAAUGCGGAAGAUCCUCUCCGACAAUCCCACUAGGCUCAACAGAAUCGUCCUUGCAACAAUAUCUACAUCGCGAAACCGCUGCUGGCAACAGCUUGGAAAAGCGUUCAGGAGAGGACAGCAUGAUAUCCACCACCAAGGCCCUUCAAAGCCAAGCGCAGGUGCAACUGCCAUCCUUACCACCAACGUCGUCUUCAACAACCGCACUGAAUGAUCCCGAUGGAGAAAUACCAGAGGCGCCUUCAGCUACAGCCGCUGAACACACUGAGGUAGAUCAACAACCCAUGGCUCCAAGGCCUCUCGCUGUCAAGCCGGCCUACAAGAAGAGAGUCGUCAUAUCUUCGUCCUCUCCUGAUGAGACUACAAAGAGAAGCGGAUUGAUAGAGGCCACGGAGAGGUGCAUGCUGGGAAGGCACCAUUUUGAAAAGCGGAUGCGGCUGGGAGGCAGCAUCUACGACCGGCCUCCUAUUGUAGCAGCCAUACCGCCUCAGGAACAGCAGCAGCAAAAGCUGAUAAUGAAACCAAAAGUACCACGCCCCCCGAAGCCACCAUCAAAAAAGAAGAUGACAAGACCACCACAGAUAUGGCGACCUACGGAAUUCAAGGAAUCCGGCACGCGCGCAAGGUCAAGGUCCAUAAUCAGGCCUGUCAUGAGAGAAGGGUCGAUUGAGUCCCUAGUCAAGCUAACGAAGUUUCAUAAGGAUAGACUUGCCCAACUAUCCACCCGACCUCUACCACUUCAAGAUUUGCAGACUCUAAUUCAUGCAGAGCAGGAGCAGGAGCACUUAGUAUUAACGGAUCUCGCAGUUAGGCUGCACAAGGAGUUAUUGAAGUUGCAGUUGGAGGAGGGUGUUUUGCUCAAGAUGCUACAACUUUCAGAGUCAGGAUUAUUGGACGCCUCAGAUCUGGAGCGCGUGCGCCCACGCAAGCGACGGAAAUCAAAAGAGCUCGAAGCUCAGACAAGGGCCAGAUUGCGAGCAAUAAACCGACCCGUGUCCACGGCCUUCAGUUCUACAGCCAUGGAUGGAUCAGGAUUAGCGUCGGAUGGGCAUACUCAGAUGAGGGCGCAGGAUUUGUCUAGAUCAUUGCUUUCUCCGCCCAUAGGCUGUGGUGUGCACAGGGAUAUCACAGCCAUAUCAUCGGGAAGUCCACUCGCAGAUCUGACUGAUGUUGCAGUCAACGAGAGUGAGCGUGGGGGGACAUGGGGAAGCGCCUAUCAAGAGGCCGCAGAGGAGAGAGCUUUCCAUGAUAGCCGUGAUGAACCUGAGAGAGGAAACAGGCAUCAGGAUGUCUAUAUCGAGGGCAGAUACAGCAAUGAAGAUAACGACGACAGCGAGGACUGUGAUGACGAUGACGAUGACGAUGACGACGACGACAAUGACGAUGACAGCGACGAUAUUUGCGAUGUGUAUGACGGCGAUGAACACGAGAAUGAACCAGUCUUCAGGUUACCAAGGAGAAACAACCCAAGGCCUGCGUAGUUCUUUCGAUGAGGUCAGGGGGCUGCUUGACGGCAAAGGCAAAAAGCGGACGGCAGAGCAAGCUAUUUCUGAAGAAGAUAGAGCGAUCGAGGAGGAUCUGUACGAGCUGGACUACGAUGGUAGUGUAGGUAACAUUGGGGAUAAUGCGGAGGAGAAUAUCGAGAGCGAGGCGGAGGGCAUUGUUGAGGAUAGA